UGGUUUAUAAUGGCUGUAGUUCUUGGAGCGGUACACAGUUGUGGUCAAGAUUAUUCGGUACAACCGUGUCAGGUCUGUGGCGAUAACAGUUCCGGAAAGCACUACGGAGUCACUUGCUGUGAUGGGUGUUCUUGUUUCUUCAAGCGAAGUGUUCGUAAGGGUUCAUUGUACACAUGCAUAGCUGGCAAAGGAAACUGCAUCGUUGAUCGAGCUCGAAGAAACUGGUGUCCUUUUUGCCGACUUCAACGGUGCUUAUUGGUGGGUAUGAAUGUUACUGCUGUGCAGGAAGAACGAGGUCCAAGAAAUGGAGCAAAGCUGGAAAUGAAUGGAUUUCGAAAAAAUAAGGGACAAAUUCGGUCGUGUAGUGCGGUAAUUUGUGAAAAUUCUGUGCUAGCCAGUAAUGCAGUUCAUCAUCAAAUUUUGGCCCAAAUUCUUGUGACAUGUGUUAAGCAAGCAAGGAAUAAUGAACACUUUCGGAUGCUGGAGGCUAGGCAGCAAGAUGUUAUUUUGUCCAAUGUUUGGAGUGAAUGUUUUAUUUUGAGUGGAUCACAUUGGCCACUGGAUAUCAGUGGAAUAAUUGAGUCAUGUGCGGAUGCACAUUUGAAACAUGUAUUAAAUGACGCACGAGAUUUAAGGGCGGAUGUGAUGGAGCUAAGCUUUCUGCAGACUUUGAUUCUAUGCCGAAAAGAACUAGCAUUGAAUGAUAAAAAUGCAAUUCUUUUGGAGUCUUAUUCGAAUGCGGCGUUGGUUUCUCUUGCUCGUUAUUGCACACAUCAGUCAAAUUGGUUUCGAUUUGGAUCGCUGUUGCUAGGAUUGAGAAACCUUUCGUUGAGGAAAUAUGAGAGCUUUCUUUCUGGAAUGUUUAAAUCUGUUAUAAGGGAUAUUUUAAGGAAUUUGUAAAUAAACCAAAAGUUUUAUUGUUUAA